GGGGCGGCCCCGCGGAGCCAUGGACGGACACGCGGCUCCGGGCGCGGGCGGCGAGGAGCCGCUGAGCUCCGGCAGGAUGAACGCGAAGCGCGGCGGGCGCGCCGCGGAAGAGGAGAGCCGGAACAAGCCCAAGCUGAAUAUUCAAAUAAAAACUUUGGCAGAUGAUGUGCGUGACAGAAUCACAAGCUUCAGGAAAUCAGCUGUGAAGAAAGAGAAGCCUCUCAUUCAGCAUCCCAUUGACUCCCAGCCUUCCAUCAGUGAGAUCCCACAUGCCCAGGCACUUGUUGAUGAGCGCUGCAUGAACUUAUCAGAGAAAGAAGUUAUGGAUCUCUUUGAGAAAAUGAUGGAGGACAUGAACCUGAACGAGGAACGUAAAGCUCCUUUACGAGACAAAGACCUGAGCACCAAACGUGAGAUGGUUGUCCAGUACAUUUCUGCAACUGCCAAAUCCAUAGUCGGAAGUAAAGUUCCGGGGGGACUCAAAAACAGCAAGCACGAAUGUACCCUGUCCUCACAAGAAUACAUCCAUGAGCUGCGGUCUGGAAUUUCAGAUGAGAAACUUCUUAAUUGCCUGGAGUCUUUGAGAGUGUCUCUAACCAGCAACCCAGUCAGCUGGGUUAACAAUUUUGGACAUGAAGGUCUUGGGCUCCUGUUGGAUGCGUUGGAAAAGCUUCUGGACAAGAAACAGCAAGAAAGUAUUGAUAAGAAGAAUCAACAUAAACUUAUCCAGUGCCUCAAAGCAUUUAUGAACAAUAAAUAUGGUUUGCAAAGGAUCCUAGGAGAUGAAAGGAGCCUCUUGCUGCUGUCAAGAGCAAUUGAUCCAAAGCAACCCCACAUGAUGACUGAGACAGUGAAAAUCCUUUCUGCCAUCUGCAUUGUUGGGGAGGAAAACAUGCUGGACAAGCUGUUAGGUGCUAUAACCACUGCUGCUGAGAGGCACAACAGGGAGGAACGCUUCUCCCAGAUCGUGGAGGGCCUGGAGAACCACGAGUUCAUCCAGCUGCAGGUUGCAUGUAUGCAGCUCAUCAAUGCCCUUGUUACAUCUCCUGAGGACCUUGACUUCAGGAUACACUUGAGAAAUGAGUUUUUACGUUGUGGCCUGAAGAAAAUAUUGCCUGCCUUGAAAGAUAAGGAAAAUGAAGAGCUCGAUAUUCAGCUGAGGGUGUUUGAUGAGAACAAAGAUGAAGACCACUUUGAACUGUCACAUCGUCUCAAUGACAUCAAAGCUGAAAUGGAUGAUGUGAGCGAAGUAUUUCACCUGCUGUACAAUAUGGUGAAAGAUACUUCUUCUGAAAAUUACUUCUUGUCAAUUCUCCAACAUUUCCUGCUGAUCAGGAACGAUUACUAUGUCCGACCUCAGUAUUACAAGAUCAUAGAAGAAUGUGUGUCUCAGAUAGUGCUGCACUGCAGUGGCAUGGACCCAGAUUUUAAAUACAGAGGAAGGAUGGACAUCAAUUUUACACAUCUUGUUGAUGCGUGUGUGGACAAGGCUAAAGUAGAAGAGAGUGAAAAGAAAGCAGCAGAAUUUUCCAGGAAGUUUGAUGAAGAGUUCACAGCUCGACAAGAGGCACAAGCAGAGCUGCAGAAACGAGAGGAGAAAAUCAAAGAACUUGAAUCAGAAGUCAAACAGCUCCGGACCCAGGGUCCAGGCCUGACAGAAGGCCCAGCAAUGCCAGCCCACCCAAGUGAGAACGUCCCACCAUCUCCGGCGCCCUCCCUCCCUGGCGGAGCCAUCCCUCCUCCUCCUCCCCUCCCUGGUGCAGGAACCAUUCCUCCUCCUCCUCCAUUACCCGGUGGAGUAACAAUUCCUCCACCCCCUCCCCUGCCUGGUGUAGUAACAAUUCCUCCCCCACCUCCCUUGCCAGGUGGAGUAACAAUUCCCCCACCACCUCCUCUGCCAGGUGGAGCAACAAUCCCUCCUCCUCCUCCCUUACCUGGUGCAUCCCUUCCUCCUCCUCCUCCUCCUCCUCUGCCCGGUGCAGCCAUCCCAGCUCCCCCUCCUCUGCCUGGUGUGCCCCCACCUCCCCCUCUGCCCGGGGGAGCAGGGCCUCCUCCUCCCCCCCCUCUGCCUGGAGGGGCAGGGCUGCCUCCUCCUCCUCCCCCUCUGCCCGGGGCAGCAAUCCCUCCCCCGCCGCCUUUUGGGGGGCCCCCAGUGCCUCCCCCCCUGGGAGGGGCCCCCUUUGCCCCCUUCCCCAUGGUGCCAGCGCUGCCCCACGGGAUGAAGGAGAAGAAGAAGUAUAAGCUGGAAGUGUCCAUGAAGAGAAUCAACUGGUCCAAGAUAGAGCCUCAAGAAAUAGGAGAAAACAGCUUUUGGGUAAAAGCUGAAGAAGAUAAAUUUGAAGACCCGGAGCUGUUUGCGAAAUUGGCACUUACCUUUGGAACCCAAAUGAAAGCCAAAAAGCCUGUAGAAGAAUCAGAAGAAAAGAAAGCAGCUCAGUCAAAGAAGAAGAUCAAAGAAUUAAGAGUUUUGGAUGGAAAAUCUGCACAAAACUUAUCAAUAUUUUUGGGUUCCUUCCGUUUGCCUUACGAAGAAAUAAAAAAUAUCAUUUUAGAGGUGGAUGAGGAGAAGCUGAGUGAAUCCCUGAUCCAGAACCUGGUGAAGAAUCUUCCUGAGCAGAAGGAGCUCAAUGCCUUAGCUGAAUUAAAGGAUGAAUACAACGACCUUGCUGAGCCAGAGCAGUUUGGAGUUGUGAUGAGCUCGGUGAAGAUGCUGCGCGCGCGGCUCAACGGGAUCCUGUUCCGCCUCAUGUUCGAGGAGCACGUCAACAACAUCAAGCCCGACAUCAUGGCUGUCACCCUGGCCUGCGAGGAGCUCAAGAAGAGCGAGAGCUUCAGCAAGCUGCUGGAGCUGGUGCUGUUCCUGGGCAACUACAUGAACUCUGGCUCCAGGAACGCGCAGUCCCUGGGCUUCAACAUCAGCUUCCUCUGCAAGAUUCGAGAUACAAAAUCAUCAGAUCAGAAAACCACCCUGCUGCAUUUCCUGGCAGAGAUCUGUGAGGAGAAUUACAGGGACAUCCUGAAAUUCCCGGAUGAGCUGCAGCACGUUGAGAGUGCGAGCAAAGUUUCAGCCCAGACUCUGAAGAGCAACCUGGAUUCCAUGAACCAGCAGAUCCAGCGCCUGGAGAAGGACAUUGAGAACUUCCCCAAGAGCCAGGACGAGCACGACAAGUUUGUGGAGAAGAUGAGCAGCUUUGCUGAGAGUGCCCGAGAACAAUAUGAAAAACUGUCCAACAUGCACAACAACAUGACAAAACUGUAUGAAAAUCUGGGAGAAUAUUUCACCUUUGAUCCCAAAGCAAUAAGCAUAGAAGAAUUCUUUGGUGAUCUCAGCAACUUCAGAACUCUGUUCUUGGAGGCAUUAAAAGAAAACAACAAAAGGAGAGAAUUGGAGGAGAAGACCAAGAGGGCCAAGCUGGCCAAGGAGAAGGCGGAGCGGGAGAGGCUGGAGAGACAGAAGAAGAAGCAGCAGCUGAUUGAUAUGAACAAAGAGGGUGACGAGACAGGGGUGAUGGACAGCCUGCUGGAGGCCCUGCAGUCGGGAGCAGCGUUCAGGGACCGCAGGAAACGAACGCCGCGAGCGCAAGAUAACAAACGAGUGACUUUGGAAAGGUCUCGUUCUCGACACAACGGAGCAAUUGCAGCUGUAUGAUUCUUCCGAUGCCAAAGAAUUAAUGAAUUGUUUUAUUUACAAUGAAAUGGAUGUGCUUUGGGAAGAGUUUAUCAUCCAAAUUGGCAAUGAUCAUAAAGGAAUACUGGUAUUGAUUAAAUGAGAUGGUGUAAGAAUAUGUCAUUUUAAAGCAGUUGCUAAAAAAAAAUCCACAUACUGUAUCUUAUUACCCCAACUACCAAGAUCUGUAAACAGUGUUAAACAGUAGGGUAUAUAUCUUAUUUUCUUAUGUUCUUUCUUUUUUUUCACCCCUUUUGUUUAAGCUGGCAACUCACAUGAAAGGAGUUGGGGAUUUCUAGGUUAUGUUUUUUAUGGGUAAGAAAAUACACUUCUGUUGAAAGAGUACAGCUGUGGAUUCCAUUUGCAGUUCUGAUUUGAACAUGAAAGGAAAAAUAAUAAAAUUGUAUGUUAAUAAAUUCAGAGAUGAGCUGGUCUA